CCCGGCACUCCUGGUGUUUCCGGUACUCCUGGUGUUCCUGGCGUUCCCGGUGUUCCUGGAACUACUGGUGUCCCUGGUGUCCCCGGCACUCCUGGUGUUCCCGGCACUACUGGUGUUCCCGGUGUUCCUGGAACUACUGGUGUCCCUGGUGUCCCCGGCACUCCUGGUGUUUCCGGUACUCCUGGUGUUCCUGGCGUUCCCGGUGUUCCUGGAACUACUGGUGUCCCUGGCGUCCCCGGCACCCCUGGUGUUUCCGGUACCCCGGGUGUUCCUGGCACCUCCGGCGUCCCUGGCACUUCUACUGGCGCUCAGCCAUCUGAGACCGCCUCCUACACUCAACCAGCCCAGUCUCCUAGCACUCAGCAAACCGAGACCGCAACAGAAUCUCAGCCCACCGCAACUGGCUCUCAGCCAUCCGGAACCGGCGCCCAGCCCACGGGAACCGGAUCUCAACCCUCUGGAACUGGUGCUCAACCCUCGGGAACUGGUGCUCAACCCUCGGGAACUGGUGCUCAACCCUCGGGAACUGGUGCUCAAUCCUCGGGAACUGGUGCUCAGCCAUCUGAGACUGGCACUCAACCUUCUGGUACCCAGUCCGCUGGUGGCAGCUGCCCCACUGAUCUCUCCGGCGACUAUGAAUACCCUCACUUGAUCAUCCCCGUCGACUCGUCUUCCCCGGAUAACGCCGCCGGUACCUCGUACAACGGCACCGUUUCGUCCUCCGUCUCCACCAUCUUCAACUUCGACAUCCCCUCGGAGGACUCCGGAAAGACUUGCAGCCUCGUCUUCCUCUUCCCCAAGAAGGAAGACCUCGAGACUUCUUCCUACAGCUUCAGCGGAGACGGCAAGGUCGAUUUCGCCUCCCUCGAGUCGGUUGCCGACGAAUCGACCUCCUACAGCAACGCCCCUGGAGUCAAGGAGGACUUGGGUCAAUUCACCAUCUCGCCCGGCAACUCCUACACCGUUUCCACCUUCGAUUGCCCUGCCGGCGAGGCCGUCAGCUACGAGAUGAAGAACGCCGGCAGCACCGAGCUGGACUUCUUCGAGGACUACAACCCCUCUCCUCUUGGUCUGUACAUCACCGUCUGCUAA